ACUUGGGUGGAAUUGAUGACUCACUGUGUCUUUGUACGCAAUCCACGUCAUGAGUAAUUUUAGAAGUGAAAGCGAGCGGCGUUUACUCCUACUGUAAACGGGGAGUAUAUUCAAAACAACUUCCGUAGGCCUACAUACCGAAUGUUGGAAGAACCUGUUGAAGACAGUGCAAGCUUUCGGAAUUAUACUGAGACAUUAUGGAUCCUGACCAGGAAGAAAAUUUGCGCCGCCACCAUGUUGCAAUAACUAAUGAUUUGGAGCCAAAAGAGGUGUUGGACUACUUAAAUCAAGAUGGCGUCCUCACAGAUAAUGACUGCGAGCUUGUGUCCACAGGUAAGACAAGAAAGGAGCGCUGUCAGUUGCUGCUGUCUCUCCUUCGUCGUCGAGGACAAAGUGCGUACAGUGCCUUCACUAGCGCCCUUGCUGUCACUCAAUACAAGCACAUUCAGCAGUUGCUGAUCCCUGCAGAAGAAAGCAAAGAAAUUGGAGAGAUUUGUUCAAUUGGACAAAAAGAAUAUGAAGAAGCAUGUUCAUCAAGCAGUAAAGAUAUCUCUCAUUUAGAUGAUGAAACGCUUCAAGUAUGUAGAAAACAUAGACAUGUCUUAACCAAUGCAAGAAGUGAUAAAUCUUGCAUGAAACGAGCAGCAUCCACAACAGAAAACGUGAAAAACGAUGCAGAUUACAACCCUUGCAAAAAAUGUAAAAAUCUUCUCACUGGUAUAUCAGGUAACGAUCAACUAUCUAGUCUUUUACACCAACAUUGCUGUCUCUUUUUCGAUAACGUUGAACCGAUAGAUUUGAUUGAUCAUCAUUUUCAAGAAGGCGUUUUGAGUGAUGACCAAUGUGAGCAUGUGCGAGUGGGAGUGACACGAAAGGACAGGUGUAGGAUUCUGUUCAAGGAGCUUGCGAAAUUCCCAGCACCCAAGGAAGUUCUUUCAACAUUAAAAAUAUCUCUGGAGAAAAAGUACAAUUUUAUCCUUGCUCGCAUUCAUGACAACAUCCAGGGAUGCCUGUCAGAAGUUUGUGAUGCUUUAUCACCAUCAAGACAACAAGAGCUAUGUCAGAAGCAACAAGAAAACGUACUCCACGACGAUAAUUCACACAUUACUGUUGACGGUGCCAAAGCGUUUGUUGAUAAAUUGGCCAGCAAAUCCUGUCAGAAACAAGAGUCUCUGCAUUCAAAGAAGGCACCUAAGUGCCAGAAACAAGUUGCCACUCCAAAAGUAAGUUCUGAUACGGAUUCUGACAAUUAUCUUCAGGCUAAAACAAGAAGACGACAUAAGCGAAGGCGAAGAACAUGCCAACUCAAACAACAUAGUGACAUGGUAGUCAUUCAGCGUUCACCCAAUACACUAUUUAUGACAAAGCCAAGCUCAACAUUCACUGAAUCUGCAGCUUGCAAACGCUUGUCAGUGGCCUUCAAUUACCUCAGCACUCUCAUCAACCAGGGCUGUUAUGAGGAAUUCGAAUCAGUUUCUGCAAACCUCCAAAGUCAGUUUGUCUACCAGCCCGAUAUGACUUGCCUAUUAUCAUAUCUCCAUGCAAGUAAGGAUCUGUUUAAAAACGAUAUUGAUGCAGCAAAACGUCACAUUGACCAUGCAUUUGAGACCCUUCCUAAGACUUCAGACCCAAAGUACUUCAUGGUGGAGCUCUUCACUGCCAAGACACGAAUGUAUGUUAAACAGAAGAGACUCGAGAAGCUUGAAAAUUCCCUGGAUGAUGUCAAACAAAUCAUCCAGACAGAUCCAGCAGGAUGCACUGGCCGAGCUGCAGGGUGGCUGUACAUGAAUGAUGGCAGAAAUAAGACCUCACAAAUGACCAUGCUUAAUCCUUACAACCCAAGCUACUUGUCCAACUACAACCAACUCCACGCCAUGGCCAAGGAAAGCUUUCAGCGUGCCCUGGAAAACUUCCAGCGGGACGGGGGCAAGGAUGGGCCAUUUGGAAGCGGCUAUGCAAUAUGCAGGCUCUGCAUCCUGCUCCUCAAAUGCGGGGACAACGGUUUGACAAUGAACACUCUCCACCCUUCCGAGGAUGACAUUAAAACAGCCGGUGGUUAUAUUCGUCAGUUAGAGGACUCUUCUAUUCCAAUCCCCAAAAUUCUCCAGGUUAACUUACUCCUUGGGAAAUGUGACUACCAGUUCAGACAAGGAAACAUGGUGAGAGCUGUAGAACAUGCAGAAGCAGCUGUGAACCUCGCUAAAGAACUGAACAUGUUCGAGUUUGCAGAGCAUGCACAGAAAAGAGUCAUGUUUUUGAAAAAGAAGACCCCUUUGCACAUAGAAGAAAUUACAGAGGAGAGGGAUUUGAUAACUCUGCUUGGGAUAAACUCCGAAACAACAGAAGAAACUGAUUAAAUUACAUCAGUUUGAAUAAUGAUGGAAAGAAGAGAAAUUUUAAAUUUUGACUAUAGAUUAUACUUUUAGGCUCAGUAUUCAGUAUUGGUUUUGACAUAAACUUAUAAUUUCACAUUAUUUUAUCCAUGUAGAAGGGGAUUGAUAACAAUAAUAGCACAGUAAUAAUAUCUUCUUAUGAAAACAUGUCAGUUUCAGUUAUAAAUGUUUAUGUAUUACAGGCAGGGUGGAUGGGAAAUUCAAACAAAAUGGCUUCUUUGGAAGGAAAAAGAUCUGCUCUGAGUCAAUAUUUGUUUUGUGCCAAUAUCUUUCAAUCAAAUGCACUUGUACUACAUGUAUUUCUUGAACAAG